UUUUAAAUAAAGUUUAUUUUGUUUACAAAAUUCACUUAAACAUGGCCUCCCUAGCAACCUCGCCAAGCGCUGAUAAAUAUUGGCUGCAGGGAGAGAGAGACUCCAGCAGUGACAGCGCCGAUCAGAGGAUAGCCAGGCAGAAAGCUGCUCAGUUCCUCAGGGAAGCCGAGAAAUACAGGAGGCAGAUUGAAAAGUUGGAGAAAGAGAGGACGCUGACUGCUCAGUGCAGAAAGAAUGGCUGGACAGAUGUGCCUGGAGAAGUGGAAGAGUACGAGAAAGUGCUGGAGGAAGAAAGAAAUGCUGAGAAGACAAAUCUUCAAAAGCAGCUAGUGAAGAUUCAUAAUGGUGUGAGGAAAUUUCAGAGACAGCUAAUAGAUGUGAAGCCAACUCCUGAGUUGAUUGAAAGACUGAAGAAAAUAAUGUCAGAGGUGGAAAUCUCAAUUAACACCCUAAAGGAGGAACAGCGUUCAUGCGUUGAGGAGCUUUUGAAGGAGGAGAGGACAUGCAGACAGGAGAUCGUUGCGUAUGAGAGGAAGAUUGAAAACUUGAGCCUGGCUGUAAAAUCUGACCCCAGACUACCCACAGCUCCCACUGUUAAGACCAAACCACUAGACAGAGACCUCCCUGCGGAGGUCAGAGCACUGGAGGCUUUCCUGCUGAAGACCGGAGGCCCUUGUGGUGGCUGGGACCAAUAUGACCACCAAGCCUUCCUUAAAGUUUGGACAAAGCACAGGGGACAACCAGCCUACAGCAAAGAGGUCAAACUGUACCUGCCUAGUAAAACAUUGGAAGAGAUAGAGCAACAUGAGGACUGGCAUCAGGAGCUGAUCUACCUACAGGACAGAAAGAAAGAGGCUAUUCAGCGGUGGAAAGCCAGCAAGCAUCAGGAACGCCAGACCAGAAUACAGAGUCAGGAGAAGGUGGACGAAGCAAGAAUUAAGGAGAAGGGGGCCAAGAGCCAAGUCCACCAACAUAGGACUGAGGAGGAGAGGAGGGAGGCAGCACAGCGACUGGAGGAGUGGAAGGAAGAGAAAAGAAGGAAGGAGGAACAAGAAGAGGAGCAGAGGCUAUCUGAGGAGAUACAAAAGAGGAGACGGGCAAAGGAAGAGCGUCGCCGGCAGCUGGAAGUGAAGCUGACUGUUGUGGAGCAGCUACGACUGAAGAGGGAGGAGGAGGAGGAACAGGGGAGGAGAAGGAGAGAGGAGGAACAGAGGGAGAUGGACGAGAGGAGAAGGGAGGCAGUAAAGGGCAUCAAACGCUUUACUGAAAGGGAUCUUCACAAGGUGGAGGCAAAGCUUCAGGAGAAACAGCUCAGGGAAAAAGAAGAAGAGGAAAGACAGAGGAAAAUCACUGCUAAGUUGAAGGAGAAGGUGGAUAGUCACAUCAGCAGAGACCCCUCCAGGCUUACCCGUCCCACUAAGGGUUGGGAGGAGCGAAUGAAACACGUUGGAUCUUCAGGAGGAGGGCCUGUGCUACAGAUGUUUCACAGGGCUGUUCCCACUUGGAGACAAGGCCUUUGACAAGCAACAAAGGAAGUUAACUAAAAUACAUUCAGAAUGUUUUUUGUUUUUAUAUACAUUAUAUUAAAUGAAAAUGUAUGCAAUGAGACCUCAAUACCAGAUUGUGCCUUUCCUUGAAUCUACUGUUUGCUGCUGUUUGUUAUAAUUUACUUUAACUUUUACAAAACCAUUAUUUUAAAUAAAAGCUUUUGUAAACUUCA